CGACGCGGGUGGAUGUCGGUGCAUUUCGAAGAGCGGAGCGGGCUGGUGCCGUGUGCCACCCCUUGGGGCCGCUGGUACCAGACCAUGGAAGAGGUCUUCCUCGAGGUGAACGUCCCGGAGGGGACCCGCGGGCGGGACGUGGCGUGCAACCUGCAGAGCCGGCACCUGGCGCUGGCCGUGGCGGGCAAGGAGGUGCUCAAGGGUAAACUAUAUGAUUCUACAAUAGCUGAUGAAGCAACAUGGACAUUAGAGGACCAGAAGUUAAUACGAAUUAUCUUAACCAAAACCAAUCGUGAUGCUGGAAACUGUUGGAGUUCUCUGUUAGAGAAUGAGUAUGCUGCUGAUCCCUGGGUCCAGGACCAGAUGCAGAGGAAGCUUACGUUGGAAAGGUUCCAGAGAGAGAACCCUGGAUUUGACUUCAGCGGAGCAGAAAUCUCUGGGAACUACAGCAAAGGAGGACCGGACUUUUCUAAUCUUGCAAGAUAGCCAAGUGCCUUUAACUGUGUUUCUUGUAAAUAGGAAAUAGGGUUAUGGAGGACUCUAAUGCAGCCCG